AGAGUGGGGCUGCCGAUUGUGCUCUUGCAGCGGGGAAUAUGCUGCCGCAUUUCUGCCGGGUCUCCACCUUUCCACGCGGCGGCACCGCCACGACGACUGAAGAAGGCGGAAACGUCUGCGGCUGCCCUCUCAGGCUGCGCCCCGUGCGGCCCAGUCGUGUGGCAAACAGUUUACAUCGCGGAAUUCACGUGCACACCGCAUCACGUGCUGGGCGCAGCGUAUAUUUGCGUCGCGGGGGACAAUGCGGCAGCGUCCCUCCUUCUUUUCACGGGUGAACAGGCGGCGGGUGUUCUGCCUCUUUGCACCUCAGCGAAUUGCGGCGCAAAAUGCCACUGCGACGAGGCAGUCAAUUUCACUGUGAGUGGGUGA